CCUUCCUCCAAAAAUUUUACGACCCCACCGGAACGCAUAGACGAUGGACGGAAACUUGGCAACGACAUAUACCUUAAUACACGCCUUCCUCACGAAGCAAUCACAUUCGAAAGCAGCGGAUGCUCUCAAAAAAGCUGCGAAAGACGUCGUCGUGCUGAAGGACAACGUUCCUGUGGAAGGGCCUCAUUUGGAUGAAAUCUUGAAGGAAUGGAAGGUCUUGAAGGCAUCUGCCAUGUCAGACUCUUCUUCAUCUUCAAGUUCGAGUUCGGACUCGGAAUCCAGCUCGGAAUCCAGCUCCAGCUCGUCGAGCUCAGACUCAGAUUCUGACGACACGUCAUCCGAUUCCAGCGACUCGUCCGACUCGUCUUCUUCUUCAUCAGCAAUCCCCUCCGCUCUUUCGAGCAAGAAAACAAAAACCUCAGCUAAAGGCAAAGCCAAGGCAUCAUCGAAAGGCUCCUCGAAAGGCUCAUCUAAAAGCUCCUCGUCGGACUCCAGUGACUCUGACCCGGAACCCGUGAAAUCGAAAGCGGCCGUCAAGAAAGAUGUGCCGGAGUCGACUGUCACUACAAAUAGCAAAGCAUCCUCAUCCUCCUCCAGCUCAUCUGAAGAUGACUCGGGUUCUGAAUCUGACGACGAAUCAAGCGACUCUGAAGAAAAACUGGCAGUGAAGAAGAAGCCGUCUAGCGAGCGAUCAUCCAGCCGCACGCUAUCUACCGCGGGCAGUGUCUCAGGGGACCUCGUGAAAUCGAAGGAGCCACCAAAAAAAGCUCCUGCAAGCAGCGAUUCCGACUCUGAUUCCGACUCUGAUUCCGACUCAUCGUCAUCUUCCUCUUCUUCGUCCGAUUCAGAUUCAAGUUCGGACUCAGACUCCUCUUUAUCUUCAUCUUCGUCUUCCUCCUCUUCUUCCACCAAAACGCCAAGAGCGCCACCCAACGCCUCGCAGCCGGCUGCAGAGUCCAUCCAGACCGCCAAAAAGAGACGCACCGCGGACGAUGGGACUGCAGUCGUCACUGCCGUAGUGAAUAACUCGAUCAGCCGCGACGGUCCGACCGAGCUAUCUGGGCGCAAAGUUAACAUCCCGUUUCAACGCGUGAAUCCGCAUAGUGUCGCGAGAGAAUACAUGAUGGACAACCGGUACACGUCCAAGGGGGGGUCGGCGAAUGACUACGGCGCCAAAGCUCACAAUGAUCUUAUCGUUACUCGCGGUGCUGGUUUCCGCAAGGAGAAGAACAAGAAGAAGCGUGGCAGUUACAAGGGAGGAGAAAUCACCAUGCAAAGUCAUAGUAUCAAGUUCGAUUGAUCUCAUUUACUAUGACCAUCUACCUAAUGUUGCAUGAGGAGCCAAAUAGAUUUACUACAGCCAUCAGUGGCACAGCACAGUAGAUAAGAUUAGAUGUCCGUUACCCGUGGCGAGGCCCCGGUCGGACUUGCUUCUCACGCUUGACGACCAUGCCCGAAGUUGCGACCCCGGAUGGCGCACGAAUUGCAUUCGAUAUCCUCGGCAAUCCGGAAAAGUCCGCAAGUCUUCCUAUCGUUCUCGUUAGUGGAAUGAGUUCGGUCAGAGGCGACUGGAAUCGGUUGUCACGCAGACUGGCUUUCAUGGGGAAAGUCCUUGUGUACGACCACCGAGGAAUGGGGGAGUCGAAGUUGCCGAGCGGAAACGACAAGUUCACGAUCGAAACAUUGGCCUCCGACCUCGCAUUCUUGAUUAACCAUGUGGGCUGGCAGGAGAUGGGUGUCUGUGGAUUCUCUAUGGGUGGUGCGGUGACACAGCAAUUGCUCAUCCUCUCCCACCCGUUCGCCUUCAAAGUCACGCAUGUCAUUCUGGCGGCGACAUUCAACAAAUCAUUCAAGGAACCUGGAUUCGGGCUGCCUCUCCCUCCAAAUCGAGUGCUUUCGGAACAAGACAAGCGGGACUUCACGCGCCUUGUGGUAGAAAAAGGCUUUGAUCAAGCCUGGCUGAAGAACCCAGCAAAUAGUUCUCAGUUGGACGAACUCGUCGUCGCAUCUUCCGUGGGCAGGCCGCGAAAAGUGAUCUUGAGACAAAUGAAGGCCGCCAACCACGUCGACUUCACCGCUCUGCCCCCGCCGAAUGACACCCUGGUUCUCGUCAUUCACGGCGCCCUGGACUCGAUCGUGCCCCCGCGCAUGGGGAAUGAAUUCUUGGCCCGGAUACCAUGGGCUCGGUCCCUUGUGGUCGAUGCGACCGGGCGACCGGGAACAGUCCCCAGCCUCGAUUUCGGCCACACCUGGUUCGAAUAUUUCCCAGUCCGGGUCUGGCAGGAUGUGAUCGACGACUUUUUGGCCUCCACAUCAGUAUCCACUUCUGUAGCUGUCCGCACGACUGCCCGCUUGUAAUAUCGGGCUUGAAUACAACAGAUUCUUCUCUCCCCAUGGAUCUCCUGCACUCAUCGCUGUCACUGACACUAUCGAUUCAACUCUGAGUCUCCGGAUGAGUGGAUCCGCCGCCGCGGUGGCUACGGAGGAUCGGCAGAGCAAGCUUAUAAGCCUGAGCAUAAAAACGCAAAAUAGCGUUUGAGGUUGGGUAGCCUGUCUUUCCCUCUCAUGCCCCACCUCACCCUCCCAGACGGCGCGCGCCUUGCUUAUGAGAUGCUUGGCAGUGAGCAUUUCUCGAGAAACAGCCUCCCCAUCGUGUUUGUCGGCGGGGCAAGCAAUGUCGGAAGGGACUUUGAACCUCUGGCGAUUUCUCUGGCGCGUGUGAGACCUGUCUUGUUGUAUGACAUCCGAGGAAUAGGCCACUCGACUAUGACAGGCGAGGAAUAUACAGUUGACCUCCUCGCCCGAGAUCUACUUGCUCUCCUCAAGCACGUGGGAUGGAAGAAGCUUGCCAUCUGUGGAUUCUCGAUGGGUGGCACCAUCGCCCAGUCGCUGAUCUUCCUACCAUUCCACGCAACGGCACCCGAAUCUCUUCCCUUCGUCGUUACCCAUGUCGUCUUCGCUUCUUCGCUGUGCUCGGUGAUCACCGACCAGAAUUACGGUCUGCGAGUUCGUCCGGUUAGGAGGCCAAAGGAAAAUACUAGGCCGGAGAGGAACGUAUCAAAAGCUGCCUUCAGAUCCGCUUUCGAUCCACGAUGGAUGGAGGACCCCCGUAACGAAGCGCGCUUGAACUACUGGAUUCAAACGAGCACAAUCGGACGCUUUGAUCUCGGAAACCACUACCACAAGCUGUCCCGGGACACCCGAUUCCUCGUCAUCCACGGCAGCUUAGACGCGAUCCUGCCUCCCUCGUGCAGUGAAGAGAUCCUGCAACGGAUUCCCUGGGCACGCAAGGUAGAAGUCGGCGCCUAUCCGGGGGCGGUCCCGACGCUGGAGUUCGGGCACAACUGUUUCGAUUACUUCGACAUCCAGAUCUGGCACGACGUAAUCGAAAUGUUCCUCGUCGUACUACCGAAACUAUAG